AUGACCAGCGGCGAUCAUAAACUUUCCACUCAUUGUUUCCAGGAGAAUUCACAUUUAAUUUGCCAGGGGAAGCCGAGCCAAAGCUGCCAUUCACUGUCGAAAAGCUCCUCUGCUCUGGCAUCUAGCGGCCAGGAAGGUUUAAAAAGGAGGCAGGAGAUCCAUAAGAGCCUUAACAAUGUCCUCCCUGUGUCUAAGUUCUGCGAAAACAACCUUGGACCUUUGCACAGCCCUGAGCGGUCUCAGGACGGAGAUACGGGUUCUUGUUUUGAACUAACGAACUGCAGCCAUCCCGUUACGGAACACACAGAAGAGAAACUUCAGCUCGGGGAUCGUUGUUUGGACGUCGAAACUUCUGUAGCCUCAACGGAACCAAGGGCCACCAAGAGCUUUCACGGCAGCAAUGUGCCGGAGAAGGUCUCAUCAUUUGGUCUCUCCAAAAUGUCGGCACUUAAAGCUCAAAGUGUAGACAGGCUUGAAAUAAGACCACCGGUGGUUCCAAAAAGUUAUUCUGAUAUCCUCUAUGGCGGUAGGACUCCAUCAUCUGGUCCUUUCUUCGUCCACAAUAGGAAUAGCGCCACAUAUUCUGUUCUACGUUCCUCCAGCAGUGUUUCUGGUUCAUGUAGUGAUGGGGCAAGCAGUAUUACAAAUGACUCCGGAACAGCUACGUCUCCUACGACGAAUCAGAAUAACUUAACCGACGUGGCGCGUGCAACCAGAGAUCAAAAUACCCCCCAGUGCCAUUUGGAUAAAAGUACCAUUCAACACAACAUUACUGUAUACACAGUACCAGGCACGUAUCAACACAGACUUUUAGGACCGAAGGCCUCCGGGAAUGGUUUCCCAAACAAUGGACGCAUGUACGAUCGACCACAUUAUAAUAUUUCAGGGGUCAUGUCCUGUAACGAUAUCUCAGAUAUCCAACACUCUCCUCCCGCGAUGAUUGUCCGCAACAGCUGCACUCUGCAUUGUUGUAAAGACUAUGAACUUACGGCGAAGGUGGAUGACACCAUUGCUGCGUAUUGCCACUCUCUCCCUAUACCUUCUGUUCAGUUCUCCCCUGGACUGGCAUGCUCACUUAAUGAACCGGUGUCAGGACAGUCACCGCCACAUUUUUUGUCGUUGCCUCCUCCAUUCACUUUUCCCAAACUAGUUUCUUCUGUUAGUGAAUCGGGCCUGGAUGCCAAAAAGCUGAUGAGAUGUGGUCGGUUGGCCUUUCCAACACCACCGACCUCCAUCGAAGAGCUUAAUUUGCACAGCUCAAUGAUGGAUACCCCCAGGCAGCUGAUCAAGAACUCUGAGACAUCGUCAGAUAACCUACAAGCAGCAGACACAAAAACAAAAGAUACAUGGACCAUGACGUCUAUGAAUUACAUACCCAUUGGACAAAAAAUGCCACCCAACUGCAGAGACGCAGAGGUACAAACUGUAAUUAUGAUGGAAAACAAGUCGGUAGCUACAAGUCCCUGUUUUCAGACCUCAGGACGCUUAUUUGCAGAUGCCGGGGUUGGACUACACCUUCAAUGUCCGAAAUCUCCGGUACGUGACGUCAGGUGGGAUAAAGAAGGAAUGACCUGGGAGGUGUAUGGAGCGGCCGUGGAUCCUGAGAUUCUAGGAAUGGCCAUACAGAAGCACCUGGAGAUCCAGAUAGAGGAGCAUUCACAGAACUCAGAAGUGUUGGCGGAAAACCCUGUCGGGCAGUCUACUAAAGGCAAAAGAAGAUCGUUCAGAAUGGUCAUGAGUUCUCUCAGACAUUCAAACUGUUGUGUGCGUUCCACAGCUGAGUGAUAGAACUGAGUUCUGGCUUUGG